AUGACUGACCUGCCAUGUGUCACCCAAUUAUUGAACAAAUUGCAGAUAAAGCCACUGAUCACACCAACCAGACGAAUUAUGACAAUUGGCUUGAAGUAUGAUUGGCAUGAACUAUUCCCCAAAGUUGGGAGUAAUGCUGGUGCGAUCACGGCUAUAUGGGCACCUGUAAUAUUUGUGUAUUUCAUGGAUACACAGAUAUGGUACUCUGUCUUCUGUACAAUUUUUGGUGGUCUCUAUGGCAUUCUGAAUCAUCUUGGUGAGAUCCGGACUUUGGGAAUGCUAAGGAGUAGAUUCCACUCCUUGCCUUCUGCAUUCAAUGCUCAUAAUACCACCAUCGAAAAGAAGCGAAAGGGCAAAGAAAAGGGUACCCCAAUGAGCAAAUUGGAAAGUGAUGUUGUCUUUACUGAAAAAAGAAGAAGUGAUGCUGCCAAUUUUGCUGUGGUAUGGAAUGAAAUUAUCCGCAAACUUCGAGUAGAGGACUUGAUAAGUGAUAGGUUGGAAGUAGAUUUGAUGGUGAUGCCUAUGCCACAAGAGAACCCUUCGGGAAAAGUUUGUUGGCGUUUUCUUCUAGCUAAUAAGCUUUCAACAGCAUUGAGUAUUGCCAAAGAUUUUGUGGGGAAGGAUGAAAAUCUCUAUAGGAAACUAAGGAAGGAUGAGAACAUGUAUUGUGCAGUGCAAGAGUUUGAGUCCACGAAGUUCAUUAUCGAACUUCUUGCUGUUGGAAAUACAGAGAAAAGGGUAAUAUCUAGCAUACUCAAAGAAAUUGAUGCAAGCAUUGGCGGAUCAACCAUUCUGAAGGACUUCAACUUGACUUGCCUUCCAGCUCUGCGAGAUAAAGUUGUCGACUUGCUUGAACUUUUGCUUAAUGGCAAUGAGAACCAUCGUGGAAGGGUUGUGAACGUACUUCAGGACAUCUUUGAGCUUGUAACCCAUGACAUGAUGAUACAUGGGAACAGGUUAGUUGAUCGGGUAUACUUGCGACACUUCUCAACAAAACGAGAUGUGUAUCCUUACUUCUCUCGAGGACUUAAGCCAGAGUUAUUCGAGUCAGCUUCUGGUGAGGAUUCUGUUCUUCCAUUGCCAGACAGUGGCCACUUGAAUGAGCAGAUCAAGCGUUUCUAUCUUCUGCUAACCACCAAAGAUGCAGCAGUUGAUGUGCCCUCCAAUCUAGAAGCUCGAAGACGUAUAUCAUUCUUUGCUACUUCUCUUUUUAUGGAUAUGCCUAGCGCUCCGACAGUACGCAGCAUGCUAUCGUUUAGUGUUUUAACUCCACAUUUCAUGGAAGACAUUAAUUAUUCGAUGAAGGAACUCCAUUCCAGCCAAGAAGAAGUUUCCAUCUUCUUUUAUAUGAAAAAAAUUUAUCCAGAUGAGUUGAGAAACUUCUUGGAACGGAUGGGUCAUGGAGAUGUAGAAGAACUGAAAGAUGAAAAUAGGGAGGAAGAGCUGAGAAAUUGGGCUUCUUUCAGAGGGCAAACGCUGAGCAGAACAGUCCGUGGAAUGAUGUACUAUAGGGAAGCCUUAAAACUUCAAGCUUUCCUUGACCUGGCAGGAGAGCAAGACAUUCUUGAAGGUUGUGAUGCUGUUGCAAGAGAAAAUCCAGCACUAUCUGCUCAACUUGAGGCUCUGGUGGACCUGAAAUUCACUUAUGUAGUAUCCUGUCAAAUGUAUGGGUUACAAAAGUCAUCUGGACAUCCGCAUGCAGGAGAUGUACUCGAUUUGAUGAUAAGGUAUCCAUCACUUCGUGUUGCCUAUAUUGAGGAGAAAGAGGAGGUUGUGGCCAACGAGCGUGUGACGACUUAUUCAUCUAUAUUGGUAAAAGCUGUCAAUGGUUUAGAUCAGGAAAUCUACCGCAUAAAACUUCCUGGUCAACCAAAAAUUGGAGAAGGAAAGCCUGAGAAUCAAAACCAUGCCAUAAUUUUUACUCGUGGUGAAGCUCUCCAAACAAUUGAUAUGAACCAAGAUAAUUACCUGGAGGAAGCUAUGAAAAUGAGAAACCUUCUAGAAGAAUUCCACCAGGAGAAAGGUCAUCGACCUCCUACUAUACUUGGACUCAGGGAACACAUAUUUACUGGAAGUGUUUCUUCUUUAGCAUGGUUCAUGUCAUAUCAGGAGGCCAGCUUUGCCACAAUUGGUCAGAGGCUUCUUGCCAACCCUCUCAGGGUAAGAUUCCACUAUGGACAUCCCGAUGUAUUUGACAGGAUAUUUCACAUUACUAGAGGUGGUAUAAGCAAAGCGUCAAAGACAAUCAACUUGAGUGAAGAUGUGUUUGCUGGAUUCAACUCUACUCUUCGGCGAGGUAUUACUUAUCACGAGUACAUGCAAGUAGGAAAAGGUCGGGAAGUAGGCCUAAGUCAGAUCUCAAAGUUUGAAGCAAAAGUAGCUAAUGGGAACAGCGAGCAGACUCUAAGCCGUGACAUAUACCGGCUAGGACAGCAGUUUGAUUUCUGGAUGCUGUCAUGUUACUUCACAACCAUUGGAUUUUACUUCAGUAGCCUGAUCUCCGUUAUUGGAAUCUAUGUCUUCCUGUAUGGCCAGCUCUACCUAGUACUUAGUGGGUUGGAGAGAGCACUCGUUGUUGAGGCUAGACUUCAUAACAUACGAUCAUUGGAAACAGCUCUCGCAUCACAAUCUUUCAUUCAAUUAGGGCUUUUAACUGGCCUGCCAAUGGUCAUGGAGAUUGGACUUGAAAAGGGAUUUUUUAUGGCCCUCAAGGAUUUUAUCCUCAUGCAGUUGCAGCUGGCUUCUGUUUUCUUCACUUUCUCUCUUGGAACAAAAACUCAUUACUACGGUCGGACGAUUCUGUAUGGGGGUGCUAAGUAUAGACCAACUGGGAGGAAAGUUGUGGUGUUUCAUGCCAGUUUCUCAGAGAAUUACAGAUUAUAUUCACGGAGCCACUUUACUAAAGGGUUUGAACUGUUGCUGCUUCUGAUCGUUUAUGAUUUGUUUAGGCGGUCGUACCAAAGCAGCAUGGCCCAUGUGCUAAUCACAUAUUCCAUUUGGUUCAUGUCUAUAAUGUUAUCUGCACCAUUUCUAUUUAAUCCUUCCGGGUUCAUCUGGGAUAAGAUCGUGGAUGACUGGAAAGACUGGAACAAGUGGAUCAACGUGCAGGGUGGAAUAGGAGUUCAACCAGAUAAAAGCUGGGAAUCGUGGUGGUAUGAAGAGCAAGCUCACAUUCAUCAUUCGGGACUGAGUUAGUUAAUUGAGAUACUUCUCUCUCUGAGGUUUUUCCUAUAUCAGUACGGACUCGUGUAUCACCUUGACAUCUCCCAGCAGAGCAAGAACUUUCUGGUUUAUGUGCUAUCUUGGGUUGUCAUUUUUGCAAUAUUCUUGCUGAUCAAGGCUGUGAACAUGGGACGGCAACAAUUCAGCAAUAGGUACCACUUUUAUUUCAGGCUUUUUAAAGCAUUCCUCUUCCUCGGUGCGCUGUCCAUCAUAGUAAUUCUUUCCAUCAUCUGCAAAUUGUCUUUGAUGGAUGUCAUUGUCUGCUGUCUAGCAUUCUUGCCGACCGGUUGGGGGCUGAUACUGAUUGGACAAGCAGUGAGACCCAAAAUUGAGAACACUGGCUUGUGGGAAUUCACCCGUGUUAUGGCCAGAGCAUACGACUACGGGAUGGGUGUCAUUCUAUUUGCACCGAUAGCUUGUUUAGCAUGGUUGCCAGUUAUAUCAGCUUUCCAAAAUCGUUUCCUCUUCAAUAAGGGCCUCAACCGGCGAUUGGAUGUAGACUCGAUUCUUUCUGGAAAGAAGAACAAAAGAAUAGGCAGGCAUGAAACAUUACUUGCUCCCUGUAUAGUAAAUUAGUUCUUAGUAAUCCUCUUGUAAUAUUUUGAAAAAUUGG